AUGCGAGUGUGGGGAGAAUGGGAUGGGUGUGGCAGUGGGGAGAAUGGGAUGGGUGUGGCAGUGGGGAGAAUGGGAUGGGUGUGGCAGUGGGGAGAAUGGGAUGGGUGUGGCAGUGGGGAGAAUGGGAUGGGUGUGGCAGUGGGGAGAAUGGGAUGGGUGUGGCAGUGGGGAGAAUGGGAUGGGUGUGGCAGUGGGGAGAAUGGGAUGGGUGUGGCAGUGGGGAGAAUGGGAUGGGUGUGGCAGUGGGGAGAAUGGGAUGGGUGUGGCAGUGGGGAGAAUGGGAUGGGUGUGGCAGUGGGGAGAAUGGGAUGGGUGUGGCAGUGGGGAGAAUGGGAUGGGUGUGGCAGUGGGGAGAAUGGGAUGGGUGUGGCAGUGGGGAGAAUGGGAUGGGUGUGGCAGUGGGGAGAAUGGGAUGGGUGUGGCAGUGGGGAGAAUGGGAUGGGUGUGGCAGUGGGGAGAAUGGGAUGGGUGUGGCAGUGGGGAGAAUGGGAUGGGUGUGGCAGUGGGGAGAAUGGGAUGGGUGUGGCAGUGGGGAGAAUGGGAUGGGUGUGGCAGUGGGGAGAAUGGGAUGGGUGUGGCAGUGGGGAGAAUGGGAUGGGUGUGGCAGUGGGGAGAAUGGGAUGGGUGUGGCAGUGGGGAGAAUGGGAUGGGUGUGGCAGUGGGGAGAAUGGGAUGGGUGUGGCAGUGGGGAGAAUGGGAUGGGUGUGGCAGUGGGGAGAAUGGGAUGGGUGUGGCAGUGGGGAGAAUGGGAUGGGUGUGGCAGUGGGGAGAAUGGGAUGGGUGUGGCAGUGGGGAGAAUGGGAUGGGUGUGGCAGUGGGGAGAAUGGGAUGGGUGUGGCAGUGGGGAGAAUGGGAUGGGUGUGGCAGUGGGGAGAAUGGGAUGGGUGUGGCAGUGGGGAGAAUGGGAUGGGUGUGGCAGUGGGGAGAAUGGGAUGGGUGUGGCAGUGGGGAGAAUGGGAUGGGUGUGGCAGUGGGGAGAAUGGGAUGGGUGUGGCAGUGGGGAGAAUGGGAUGGGUGUGGCAGUGGGGAGAAUGGGAUGGGUGUGGCAGUGGGGAGAAUGGGAUGGGUGUGGCAGUGGGGAGAAUGGGAUGGGUGUGGCAGUGGGGAGAAUGGGAUGGGUGUGGCAGUGGGGAGAAUGGGAUGGGUGUGGCAGUGGGGAGAAUGGGAUGGGUGUGGCAGUGGGGAGAAUGGGAUGGGUGUGGCAGUGGGGAGAAUGGGAUGGGUGUGGCAGUGGGGAGAAUGGGAUGGGUGUGGCAGUGGGGAGAAUGGGAUGGGUGUGGCAGUGGGGAGAAUGGGAUGGGUGUGGCAGUGGGGAGAAUGGGAUGGGUGUGGCAGUGGGGAGAAUGGGAUGGGUGUGGCAGUGGGGAGAAUGGGAUGGGUGUGGCAGUGGGGAGAAUGGGAUGGGUGUGGCAGUGGGGAGAAUGGGAUGGGUGUGGCAGUGGGGAGAAUGGGAUGGGUGUGGCAGUGGGGAGAAUGGGAUGGGUGUGGCAGUGGGGAGAAUGGGAUGGGUGUGGCAGUGGGGAGAAUGGGAUGGGUGUGGCAGUGGGGAGAAUGGGAUGGGUGUGGCAGUGGGGAGAAUGGGAUGGGUGUGGCAGUGGGGAGAAUGGGAUGGGUGUGGCAGUGGGGAGAAUGGGAUGGGUGUGGCAGUGGGGAGAAUGGGAUGGGUGUGGCAGUGGGGAGAAUGGGAUGGGUGUGGCAGUGGGGAGAAUGGGAUGGGUGUGGCAGUGGGGAGAAUGGGAUGGGUGUGGCAGUGGGGAGAAUGGGAUGGGUGUGGCAGUGGGGAGAAUGGGAUGGGUGUGGCAGUGGGGAGAAUGGGAUGGGUGUGGCAGUGGGGAGAAUGGGAUGGGUGUGGCAGUGGGGAGAAUGGGAUGGGUGUGGCAGUGGGGAGAAUGGGAUGGGUGUGGCAGUGGGGAGAAUGGGAUGGGUGUGGCAGUGGGGAGAAUGGGAUGGGUGUGGCAGUGGGGAGAAUGGGAUGGGUGUGGCAGUGGGGAGAAUGGGAUGGGUGUGGCAGUGGGGAGAAUGGGAUGGGUGUGGCAGUGGGGAGAAUGGGAUGGGUGUGGCAGUGGGGAGAAUGGGAUGGGUGUGGCAGUGGGGAGAAUGGGAUGGGUGUGGCAGUGGGGAGAAUGGGAUGGGUGUGGCAGUGGGGAGAAUGGGAUGGGUGUGGCAGUGGGGAGAAUGGGAUGGGUGUGGCAGUGGGGAGAAUGGGAUGGGUGUGGCAGUGGGGAGAAUGGGAUGGGUGUGGCAGUGGGGAGAAUGGGAUGGGUGUGGCAGUGGGGAGAAUGGGAUGGGUGUGGCAGUGGGGAGAAUGGGAUGGGUGUGGCAGUGGGGAGAAUGGGAUGGGUGUGGCAGUGGGGAGAAUGGGAUGGGUGUGGCAGUGGGGAGAAUGGGAUGGGUGUGGCAGUGGGGAGAAUGGGAUGGGUGUGGCAGUGGGGAGAAUGGGAUGGGUGUGGCAGUGGGGAGAAUGGGAUGGGUGUGGCAGUGGGGAGAAUGGGAUGGGUGUGGCAGUGGGGAGAAUGGGAUGGGUGUGGCAGUGGGGAGAAUGGGAUGGGUGUGGCAGUGGGGAGAAUGGGAUGGGUGUGGCAGUGGGGAGAAUGGGAUGGGUGUGGCAGUGGGGAGAAUGGGAUGGGUGUGGCAGUGGGGAGAAUGGGAUGGGUGUGGCAGUGGGGAGAAUGGGAUGGGUGUGGCAGUGGGGAGAAUGGGAUGGGUGUGGCAGUGGGGAGAAUGGGAUGGGUGUGGCAGUGGGGAGAAUGGGAUGGGUGUGGCAGUGGGGAGAAUGGGAUGGGUGUGGCAGUGGGGAGAAUGGGAUGGGUGUGGCAGUGGGGAGAAUGGGAUGGGUGUGGCAGUGGGGAGAAUGGGAUGGGUGUGGCAGUGGGGAGAAUGGGAUGGCUGUGGCAGUGGGGAGAAUGGGAUGGGUGUGGCAGUGGGGAGAAUGGGAUGGGAUGGGUGUGGCAGUGGGGAGAAUGGGAUGGGUGUGGCAGUGGGGAGAAUGGGAUGGGUGUGGCAGUGGGGAGAAUGGGAUGGGUGUGGCAGUGGGGAGAAUGGGAUGGGUGUGGCAGUGGGGAGAAUGGGAUGGGUGUGGCAGUGGGGAGAAUGGGAUGGGUGUGGCAGUGGGGAGAAUGGGAUGGGUGUGGCAGUGGGGAGAAUGGGAUGGGUGUGGCAGUGGGGAGAAUGGGAUGGCUGUGGCAGUGGGGAGAAUGGGAUGGCUGUGGCAGUGGGGAGAAUGGGAUGGCUGUGGCAGUGGGGAGAAUGGGAUGGGUGUGGCAGUGGGGAGAAUGGGAUGGCUGUGGCAGUGGGGAGAAUGGGAUGGGUGUGGCAGUGGGGAGAAUGGGAUGGCUGUGGCAGUGGGGAGAAUGGGAUGGGUGUGGCAGUGGGGAGAAUGGGAUGGCUGUGGCAGUGGGGAGAAUGGGAUGGGUGUGGCAGUGGGGAGAAUGGGAUGGGUGUGGCAGUGGGGAGAAUGGGAUGGGUGUGGCAGUGGGGAGAAUGGGAUGGCUGUGGCAGUGGGGAGAAUGGGAUGGCUGUGGCAGUGGGGAGAAUGGGAUGGCUGUGGCAGUGGGGAGAAUGGGAUGGCUGUGGCAGUGGGGAGAAUGGGAUGGCUGUGGCAGUGGGGAGAAUGGGAUGGCUGUGGCAGUGGGGAGAAUGGGAUGGCUGUGGCAGUGGGGAGAAUGGGAUGGGUGUGGCAGUGGGGAGAAUGGGAUGGGUGUGGCAGUGGGGAGAAUGGGAUGGGUGUGGCAGUGGGGAGAAUGGGAUGGGUGUGGCAGUGGGGAGAAUGGGAUGGGUGUGGCAGUGGGGAGAAUGGGAUGGGUGUGGCAGUGGGGGAGAAUGGGAUGGGUGUGGCAGUGGGGAGAAUGGGAUGGGUGUGGCAGUGGGGAGAAUGGGAUGGGUGUGGCAGUGGGGAGAAUGGGAUGGGUGUGGCAGUGGGGAGAAUGGGAUGGGUGUGGCAGUGGGGAGAAUGGGAUGGGUGUGGCAGUGGGGAGAAUGGGAUGGGUGUGGCAGUGGGGAGAAUGGGAUGGGUGUGGCAGUGGGGAGAAUGGGAUGGGUGUGGCAGUGGGGAGAAUGGGAUGGGUGUGGCAGUGGGGAGAAUGGGAUGGCUGUGGCAGUGGGGAGAAUGGGAUGGGUGUGGCAGUGGGGAGAAUGGGAUGGGUGUGGGCAGUGGGGAGAAUGGGAUGGGUGUGGCAGUGGGGAGAAUGGGAUGGGUGUGGCAGUGGGGAGAAUGGGAUGGGUGUGGCAGUGGGGAGAAUGGGAUGGGUGUGGCAGUGGGGAGAAUGGGAUGGGUGUGGCAGUGGGGAGAAUGGGAUGGGUGUGGCAGUGGGGAGAAUGGGAUGGGUGUGGCAGUGGGGAGAAUGGGAUGGGUGUGGCAGUGGGGAGAAUGGGAUGGGUGUGGCAGUGGGGAGAAUGGGAUGGGUGUGGCAGUGGGGAGAAUGGGAUGGGUGUGGCAGUGGGGAGAAUGGGAUGGGUGUGGCAGUGGGGAGAAUGGGAUGGGUGUGGCAGUGGGGAGAAUGGGAUGGGUGUGGCAGUGGGGAGAAUGGGAUGGGUGUGGCAGUGGGGAGAAUGGGAUGGGUGUGGCAGUGGGGAGAAUGGGAUGGGUGUGGCAGUGGGGAGAAUGGGAUGGGUGUGGCAGUGGGGAGAAUGGGAUGGGUGUGGCAGUGGGGAGAAUGGGAUGGGUGUGGCAGUGGGGAGAAUGGGAUGGGUGUGGCAGUGGGGAGAAUGGGAUGGGUGUGGCAGUGGGGAGAAUGGGAUGGGUGUGGCAGUGGGGAGAAUGGGAUGGGUGUGGCAGUGGGGAGAAUGGGAUGGGUGUGGCAGUGGGGAGAAUGGGAUGGGUGUGGCAGUGGGGAGAAUGGGAUGGGUGUGGCAGUGGGGAGAAUGGGAUGGGUGUGGCAGUGGGGAGAAUGGGAUGGGUGUGGCAGUGGGGAGAAUGGGAUGGGUGUGGCAGUGGGGAGAAUGGGAUGGGUGUGGCAGUGGGGAGAAUGGGAUGGGUGUGGCAGUGGGGAGAAUGGGAUGGGUGUGGCAGUGGGGAGAAUGGGAUGGGUGUGGCAGUGGGGAGAAUGGGAUGGGUGUGGCAGUGGGGAGAAUGGGAUGGGUGUGGCAGUGGGGAGAAUGGGAUGGGUGUGGCAGUGGGGAGAAUGGGAUGGGUGUGGCAGUGGGGAGAAUGGGAUGGGUGUGGCAGUGGGGAGAAUGGGAUGGGUGUGGCAGUGGGGAGAAUGGGAUGGGUGUGGCAGUGGGGAGAAUGGGAUGGGUGUGGCAGUGGGGAGAAUGGGAUGGGUGUGGCAGUGGGGAGAAUGGGAUGGGUGUGGCAGUGGGGAGAAUGGGAUGGGUGUGGCAGUGGGGAGAAUGGGAUGGGUGUGGCAGUGGGGAGAAUGGGAUGGGUGUGGCAGUGGGGAGAAUGGGAUGGGUGUGGCAGUGGGGAGAAUGGGAUGGGUGUGGCAGUGGGGAGAAUGGGAUGGGUGUGGCAGUGGGGAGAAUGGGAUGGGUGUGGCAGUGGGGAGAAUGGGAUGGGUGUGGCAGUGGGGAGAAUGGGAUGGGUGUGGCAGUGGGGAGAAUGGGAUGGGUGUGGCAGUGGGGAGAAUGGGAUGGGUGUGGCAGUGGGGAGAAUGGGAUGGGUGUGGCAGUGGGGAGAAUGGGAUGGGUGUGGCAGUGGGGAGAAUGGGAUGGGUGUGGCAGUGGGGAGAAUGGGAUGGGUGUGGCAGUGGGGAGAAUGGGAUGGGUGUGGCAGUGGGGAGAAUGGGAUGGGUGUGGCAGUGGGGAGAAUGGGAUGGGUGUGGCAGUGGGGAGAAUGGGAUGGGUGUGGCAGUGGGGAGAAUGGGAUGGGUGUGGCAGUGGGGAGAAUGGGAUGGGUGUGGCAGUGGGGAGAAUGGGAUGGGUGUGGCAGUGGGGAGAAUGGGAUGGGUGUGGCAGUGGGGAGAAUGGGAUGGGUGUGGCAGUGGGGAGAAUGGGAUGGGUGUGGCAGUGGGGAGAAUGGGAUGGGUGUGGCAGUGGGGAGAAUGGGAUGGGUGUGGCAGUGGGGAGAAUGGGAUGGCUGUGGCAGUGGGGAGAAUGGGAUGGGUGUGGCAGUGGGGAGAAUGGGAUGGGUGUGGCAGUGGGGAGAAUGGGAUGGGUGUGGCAGUGGGGAGAAUGGGAUGGGUGUGGCAGUGGGGAGAAUGGGAUGGGUGUGGCAGUGGGGAGAAUGGGAUGGGUGUGGCAGUGGGGAGAAUGGGAUGGGUGUGGCAGUGGGGAGAAUGGGAUGGGUGUGGCAGUGGGGAGAAUGGGAUGGCUGUGGCAGUGGGGAGAAUGGGAUGGGUGUGGCAGUGGGGAGAAUGGGAUGGGUGUGGCAGUGGGGAGAAUGGGAUGGGUGUGGCAGUGGGGAGAAUGGGAUGGGUGUGGCAGUGGGGAGAAUGGGAUGGGUGUGGCAGUGGGGAGAAUGGGAUGGGUGUGGCAGUGGGGAGAAUGGGAUGGGUGUGGCAGUGGGGAGAAUGGGAUGGGUGUGGCAGUGGGGAGAAUGGGAUGGGUGUGGCAGUGGGGAGAAUGGGAUGGGUGUGGCAGUGGGGAGAAUGGGAUGGGUGUGGCAGUGGGGAGAAUGGGAUGGGUGUGGCAGUGGGGAGAAUGGGAUGGGUGUGGCAGUGGGGAGAAUGGGAUGGGUGUGGCAGUGGGGAGAAUGGGAUGGGUGUGGCAGUGGGGAGAAUGGGAUGGGUGUGGCAGUGGGGAGAAUGGGAUGGGUGUGGCAGUGGGGAGAAUGGGAUGGGUGUGGCAGUGGGGAGAAUGGGAUGGGUGUGGCAGUGGGGAGAAUGGGAUGGCUGUGGCAGUGGGGAGAAUGGGAUGGGUGUGGCAGUGGGGAGAAUGGGAUGGGUGUGGCAGUGGGGAGAAUGGGAUGGGUGUGGCAGUGGGGAGAAUGGGAUGGGUGUGGCAGUGGGGAGAAUGGGAUGGCUGUGGCAGUGGGGAGAAUGGGAUGGGUGUGGCAGUGGGGAGAAUGGGAUGGGUGUGGCAGUGGGGAGAAUGGGAUGGGUGUGGCAGUGGGGAGAAUGGGAUGGCUGUGGCAGUGGGGAGAAUGGGAUGGGUGUGGCAGUGGGGAGAAUGGGAUGGGUGUGGCAGUGGGGAGAAUGGGAUGGGUGUGGCAGUGGGGAGAAUGGGAUGGGUGUGGCAGUGGGGAGAAUGGGAUGGCUGUGGCAGUGGGGAGAAUGGGAUGGGUGGGGUGUGGCAGUGGGGAGAAUGGGAUGGGUGUGGCAGUGGGGAGAAUGGGAUGGGUGUGGCAGUGGGGAGAAUGGGAUGGGUGUGGCAGUGGGGAGAAUGGGAUGGGUGUGGCAGUGGGGAGAAUGGGAUGGGUGUGGCAGUGGGGAGAAUGGGAUGGGUGUGGCAGUGGGGAGAAUGGGAUGGGUGUGGCAGUGGGGAGAAUGGGAUGGGUGUGGCAGUGGGGAGAAUGGGAUGGGUGUGGCAGUGGGGAGAAUGGGAUGGGUGUGGCAGUGGGGAGAAUGGGAUGGGUGUGGCAGUGGGGAGAAUGGGAUGGGUGUGGCAGUGGGGAGAAUGGGAUGGGUGUGGCAGUGGGGAGAAUGGGAUGGGUGUGGCAGUGGGGAGAAUGGGAUGGGUGUGGCAGUGGGGAGAAUGGGAUGGGUGUGGCAGUGGGGAGAAUGGGAUGGGUGUGGCAGUGGGGAGAAUGGGAUGGGUGUGGCAGUGGGGAGAAUGGGAUGGGUGUGGCAGUGGGGAGAAUGGGAUGGGUGUGGCAGUGGGGAGAAUGGGAUGGGUGUGGCAGUGGGGAGAAUGGGAUGGGUGUGGCAGUGGGGAGAAUGGGAUGGGUGUGGCAGUGGGGAGAAUGGGAUGGGUGUGGCAGUGGGGAGAAUGGGAUGGGUGUGGCAGUGGGGAGAAUGGGAUGGGUGUGGCAGUGGGGAGAAUGGGAUGGGUGUGGCAGUGGGGAGAAUGGGAUGGGUGUGGCAGUGGGGAGAAUGGGAUGGGUGUGGCAGUGGGGAGAAUGGGAUGGGUGUGGCAGUGGGGAGAAUGGGAUGGGUGUGGCAGUGGGGAGAAUGGGAUGGGUGUGGCAGUGGGGAGAAUGGGAUGGGUGUGGCAGUGGGGAGAAUGGGAUGGGUGUGGCAGUGGGGAGAAUGGGAUGGGUGUGGCAGUGGGGAGAAUGGGAUGGGUGUGGCAGUGGGGAGAAUGGGAUGGGUGUGGCAGUGGGGAGAAUGGGAUGGGUGUGGCAGUGGGGAGAAUGGGAUGGGUGUGGCAGUGGGGAGAAUGGGAUGGGUGUGGCAGUGGGGAGAAUGGGAUGGGUGUGGCAGUGGGGAGAAUGGGAUGGGUGUGGCAGUGGGGAGAAUGGGAUGGGUGUGGCAGUGGGGAGAAUGGGAUGGGUGUGGCAGUGGGGAGAAUGGGAUGGGUGUGGCAGUGGGGAGAAUGGGAUGGGUGUGGCAGUGGGGAGAAUGGGAUGGGUGUGGCAGUGGGGAGAAUGGGAUGGGUGUGGCAGUGGGGAGAAUGGGAUGGGUGUGGCAGUGGGGAGAAUGGGAUGGGUGUGGCAGUGGGGAGAAUGGGAUGGGUGUGGCAGUGGGGAGAAUGGGAUGGGUGUGGCAGUGGGGAGAAUGGGAUGGGUGUGGCAGUGGGGAGAAUGGGAUGGGUGUGGCAGUGGGGAGAAUGGGAUGGGUGUGGCAGUGGGGAGAAUGGGAUGGGUGUGGCAGUGGGGAGAAUGGGAUGGGUGUGGCAGUGGGGAGAAUGGGAUGGGUGUGGCAGUGGGGAGAAUGGGAUGGGUGUGGCAGUGGGGAGAAUGGGAUGGGUGUGGCAGUGGGGAGAAUGGGAUGGGUGUGGCAGUGGGGAGAAUGGGAUGGGUGUGGCAGUGGGGAGAAUGGGAUGGGUGUGGCAGUGGGGAGAAUGGGAUGGGUGUGGCAGUGGGGAGAAUGGGAUGGGUGUGGCAGUGGGGAGAAUGGGAUGGGUGUGGCAGUGGGGAGAAUGGGAUGGGUGUGGCAGUGGGGAGAAUGGGAUGGGUGUGGCAGUGGGGAGAAUGGGAUGGGUGUGGCAGUGGGGAGAAUGGGAUGGGUGUGGCAGUGGGGAGAAUGGGAUGGGUGUGGCAGUGGGGAGAAUGGGAUGGGUGUGGCAGUGGGGAGAAUGGGAUGGGUGUGGCAGUGGGGAGAAUGGGAUGGGUGUGGCAGUGGGGAGAAUGGGAUGGGUGUGGCAGUGGGGAGAAUGGGAUGGGUGUGGCAGUGGGGAGAAUGGGAUGGGUGUGGCAGUGGGGAGAAUGGGAUGGGUGUGGCAGUGGGGAGAAUGGGAUGGGUGUGGCAGUGGGGAGAAUGGGAUGGGUGUGGCAGUGGGGAGAAUGGGAUGGGUGUGGCAGUGGGGAGAAUGGGAUGGGUGUGGCAGUGGGGAGAAUGGGAUGGGUGUGGCAGUGGGGAGAAUGGGAUGGGUGUGGCAGUGGGGAGAAUGGGAUGGGUGUGGCAGUGGGGAGAAUGGGAUGGGUGUGGCAGUGGGGAGAAUGGGAUGGGUGUGGCAGUGGGGAGAAUGGGAUGGGUGUGGCAGUGGGGAGAAUGGGAUGGGUGUGGCAGUGGGGAGAAUGGGAUGGGUGUGGCAGUGGGGAGAAUGGGAUGGGUGUGGCAGUGGGGAGAAUGGGAUGGGUGUGGCAGUGGGGAGAAUGGGAUGGGUGUGGCAGUGGGGAGAAUGGGAUGGGUGUGGCAGUGGGGAGAAUGGGAUGGGUGUGGCAGUGGGGAGAAUGGGAUGGGUGUGGCAGUGGGGAGAAUGGGAUGGGUGUGGCAGUGGGGAGAAUGGGAUGGGUGUGGCAGUGGGGAGAAUGGGAUGGGUGUGGCAGUGGGGAGAAUGGGAUGGGUGUGGCAGUGGGAGAAUGGGAUGGGUGUGGCAGUGGGGAGAAUGGGAUGGGUGUGGCAGUGGGGAGAAUGGGAUGGGUGUGGCAGUGGGGAGAAUGGGAUGGGUGUGGCAGUGGGGAGAAUGGGAUGGGUGUGGCAGUGGGAGAAUGGGAUGGGUGUGGCAGUGGGGAGAAUGGGAUGGGUGUGGCAGUGGGGAGAAUGGGAUGGGUGUGGCAGUGGGGAGAAUGGGAUGGGUGUGGCAGUGGGGAGAAUGGGAUGGGUGUGGCAGUGGGGAGAAUGGGAUGGGUGA